AAACACAAUUUUUGCCUCAUUGAGCGAGGUCUCUGGGGAGAAUCGCAGUUUCUUGUAAUGAGCCGUGCAACAGAUUCUAACAACGACAUCAUUUCGCAUCUUGAGUUCAGUUGGAAUUCACGCUUCAUGGGAUGAACAAAAUGGUCUUCCCAAAGAAUUUCGAUCUUGGUCUUGUGCUUUUGAUCCUGGUUUGUACACAUACCGCUUUGGGUCAAAGCCCGGAAAACCCUUGGAAUCAACCCACGGAUGAAUGGCCAGCAACUGAGGCUCCAGUUAGUCCCUAUAUCUUAUAUGGACCGCAUGGAUAUCGAACCUUUGCCCAUUCUAGAUGUCAAGAGGUUCCAACAGCAGAUGUGUCACUCUCCGAGUUGAACGGAAAUUGGUCCUUGGUGGAGUACAUAGCUUCAUUCGAUGGAAAGCCCAUACCUCCCCACAAUCCGUACCUUUGUCCUGAAUCACGGAUGGUUUGGUCUCCUAAUGCCAAUAUGGAUGGCAUGAAUGUGUCUCAAGUGUCCAUUGAAUGGCCUCGGAUCUAUCAAGAUGUUGUCCAAUGGACCCAGCACCACAACAAGAGUGGUGUGUUCUUCCACGAGGAGAACGUAUUUUCAUUGUGGACCAUGAAAAUCAUGGAGGUGGUGCCGGAUAGCCACAUGCUGGUGUUCUUUUGCAUUGAUUACACGAUUUGGCCGGGUUGGAACCACCGAGGGUUUUACAUCUUGAAACGGGACCCGCUCAGUAAUCAACGAGUUCGCCGGAGAUUGAGCAAAGCGGCCCAUCGAAGAAUGAGAAUUCAAUACCAUCG